AAAGGUGUCACAUGACCUGUCAAGUAGGAAGUGUCUCGUUGAGCCAGCGAAGCCUCAGCAGCCUCGAGCACCAACCCUCUAGACUAGACGACGAUCCCGAGAAAUAUCACCGCCGACUCAUUCUCGACACGUAUCUUGCCGCUCGUUUGUAUUCGUCCACCGCAACCAUGAACGCGAAGGUGUAUUUGGUCGUCGCUGCAGCUCUGGCUUUCAUUGGCCCGUGUGUCGCGUCAGACGCAGAUGGGUGCCUCGACCUCCAGUGUGCUGCUUGUGAUGCUGCAAAUGACUGUCAGUGGCUCAACUGCCCAUCAUCCCCCGUUGUUGCCAGUUGCUACAACGUGACACUCCUGGAGGCAAACAACACCUGUAGCAACACCAGCUGCUCCGCUGGUCCGAGCUCAACCACCCAGAUUGCCACAACUGUUGCCCCUCCCACUACUCCAAAUCCCUCCACCUCUGUUGUCACUACCUUUAGUAGCAGCAGCAGCAGCACAGCAGGCAAUUCAACCAACACCACCACCUCCAUUGCGCCGACACCCGCCCUCAACGUCACCACGGUCGCCACCACCACCGCCACCACCACCACCACCACCACUGCUGCGUCCACAAAUUCAAGCGGGUCCACCACAACAGGCACCCCGGCCCCGCCCACGUCCUCCACGGCCCCUCACAGGAACUCCACCUUCGACGCGGCCAGCUUCAUCGGCGGCAUCGUGCUGGUGCUGGGCCUGCAGGCAGUCAUCUUCUUCCUCUACAAGUUCUGCAAGUCCAAAGAACGCAACUACCACACCCUUUGAGGCCGUACGGCGCGCGAUCAGGUCCACUUCUCUCAGAAUGAUCCCCACGCACCAAAACACUCCCGUCCGCCUCCCUCUGACUCCAACAGUGUUUCCGAGCGCCUUUGAAAUCAGUAAUUCCCUCAAAUCGCAAAUGUUACAUGAAGCCUCCUCGUAGAAUCGAGGAAACACCGUUGGAGUCGUUUAAUGUGACGACCGCGAAGGUCCGGUUUAGCUUUUUAGCCUGUUCAAUCGUUUGUCUGUCCCUUCUCCCAAAUGCCGUUUUAUCUUAUAUAUGUUGCUCAUCGUUUAUAUAUGAGGUUAUGAUUCGACCCCCGCGGUUAGCAAAGCUAUUUGUCAGGCCCGGUGGCCCCGAUUUGGGCAAAGAUCACCCAAAAUGAGUCUUAAAGAUGACAGCUGCCUUCAUGUGCGGUCGCAUGCAAUAAAACAUCAAGUCCAUCUCCCGUCCAUCGUCCCCUUCGGAUGCCACCAGCUGUGCAGCGCUUGCGCUGGUGGUCUUCAAAAUUGAAAGAUUGUACAGUAUUUUUAGGAAUGUAGAGAAUUAGUUUCAUAAGGAGUUGGGAAAAUAAGCGGCGAGCACUUUUCCUCGUUUUCGGACGCUAACACAGUAGGUGUCAAGUGCCUUUAAAUGUCCGGUGUGGUUUGAGCAGGAAAUUUGAGGUAAGGACGAUUGUAUUUCCGGCUGCUUGAGUGUAGCGAUGUGCAGGACUGAAGAGCCUUAGAAGAAAACAGUAGAAGUCAGAUUUAACCCCGUCCCCCCCCCCCACACCAACACUCAAAGUAGAUGACAAGUUUUUGGAUGGAAAUGUUGACAAAUGACUAAAUGUCUGGUCAGCCGUGUGCUGCUAUCUGUGAUUUUUUUUGCUUGCUGGCAUUUAGUCGUCUUGUCCUUGAUUAGGUUUUUGUCAAGUUCAGGGAAGUCUUAAUGAAGGAAUGUCCAUCUGCUGGUUUUAUGCUUUUGUCACAGAAUUUUUUAUUUUUUUGCAUGCUGGAUGCUUAUUUACUCUGUUACAAUUAAUGCCAAAAUGAUUCCCACCCUGGCCAAAGUUUUAUUUGCUCGGUGUGGGUAUUUACUUUGACUGGAAAUAACAAUUUGAGUCACUUAAGUUGUCAGGGAUAGUGAUUUCAAAAUGUUGACCUUUUUUUUUUUUUUUUUUCCGUCCUGAAAAACCACUUUAAGUCGUGAAGAAAAUGCCUUGAAAACACGUGAGCCAUGUUCGCCAAUUUAUUUUGGCAAUCAAGCUUCAGCGUUGCACUGACGAGCUUCGUUUGUCCGGUUCUGAAACCGAAUUGAACGCUUGUGUGUUAUUCGGCCUCGCAUUAUCAAAUCUAAACUCGCCUUGGUCGUACUUUCGCCAAAGAUGCACAUUCAGUUUUUGCCUUAGCCUCGCCCUAUUUUUGCCCCCGUUUCCCGAAAUACUUGAGAGUUAAGUGUCCACCAGCGCCGCUGCAUCAUCGGGCCCAAAUUCCUAAAAGACGAGCGUCACAUGCUCAUUGUUGCAACGUGCGUUCAUUGUAUCGCCUGCUUCUUACUCACUCCCCUGCACAUCUUCAGGAAAAGUGCCUUAUUCAGUUCUGCAAAAAAAACAAAAAAAACUUCAUGCUUGUUAAUAGAAAUACUUAUCAGCACUUUCAGACCCAUUUAGAUAUUUUUGCUCGUCCUGAUUUAAAGCCUUCUUUCCAAGCUGGCCAGUAGGUUAUAAAAAAACAAAACAUUUCACUCCUGUUUAUUUCUCGGUGAAAAAAAAAAAA